AAGAAGCAGUCAAGCAGUCUAGUAUUAUAUAGUCUAUGGAAAUAACGAGAGCUGAUGAUAAGCAAAAAGUGAUUUUGUCGAAUUUCGAGGAUUUUAAGAAUUUUGAAAAAAAUAAAGAUCAACUCACAUAACACUUUUCUUUUUUUCACACUACAUCGAGAUAUAUUAAAUAUUUAUCUGAAACAUUAUUACUCUUUAAGAAUCCAUUAUGACACUUACAAAUAAGAUGGAUAUUGAUGAAAAGAAUAUUAAAGGAGAAGGUUUUAAACCAUAUUACAUUACAAAAAUUGAAGAAUUGCAAUUAAUUGUUGCUGAAAAAAGUCAAAAUUUAAGAAGAUUGCAGGCACAGCGUAAUGAACUAAAUGCAAAAGUACGUAUGCUACGAGAAGAGCUACAACUCUUACAAGAACAGGGCUCAUAUGUAGGGGAAGUAGUUAAACCUAUGGAUAAAAAGAAAGUCUUAGUCAAAGUACAUCCUGAGGGCAAGUUUGUUGUGGAUAUAGAUAAAAAUAUCGAUAUCAAUGAUGUGACGCCAAAUUCGCGAGUGGCUCUGCGCAAUGAAAGUUAUACUCUGCAUAAAAUUCUACCAAACAAAGUUGAUCCGCUUGUUUCUCUUAUGAUGGUGGAAAAGGUACCAGAUUCGACAUACGAAAUGGUUGGAGGUUUAGAUAAGCAGAUAAAGGAGAUAAAAGAGGUCAUAGAGUUACCAGUCAAGCAUCCAGAAUUAUUUGAUGCUCUUGGAAUUGCGCAACCUAAAGGCGUACUGUUAUAUGGACCACCAGGUACCGGUAAAACUUUACUUGCAAGAGCAGUAGCGCAUCAUACAGAAUGCACCUUCAUUCGUGUAUCUGGAUCUGAAUUAGUGCAGAAAUUUAUCGGAGAAGGUUCGCGUAUGGUUCGUGAACUUUUCGUCAUGGCAAGAGAACAUGCACCAUCUAUAAUAUUUAUGGAUGAGAUUGAUUCUAUCGGUAGUUCCCGGAUUGAAUCUGGAUCUGGUGGCGAUAGUGAAGUUCAACGAACCAUGUUAGAAUUACUUAAUCAAUUGGACGGCUUCGAAGCAACAAAAAAUAUAAAGGUCAUUAUGGCUACAAACAGAAUUGAUAUCCUGGAUCCUGCAUUGUUGCGUCCUGGACGUAUUGACCGUAAGAUUGAAUUUCCACCUCCAAAUGAAGAAGCUAGAUUGGACAUUUUAAAGAUUCAUUCUAGAAAGAUGAAUUUAACACGUGGAAUAAAUUUGAGAAAAAUAGCUGAACUUAUGCCAGGUGCAUCAGGAGCAGAGGUUAAGGGUGUUUGUACGGAAGCUGGUAUGUAUGCUCUUAGAGAACGUCGUGUGCACGUAACUCAAGAAGAUUUUGAGAUGGCAGUAGCAAAGGUAAUGCAGAAGGACUCUGAAAAGAAUAUGUCAAUAAAAAAAUUAUGGAAAUAAAUCAACUUUGCAAUUUU